GGAGGGGGAGAAGGAGCAGAGGAAGACGACAGAAGAUAACCAGCUAGAGGAGGAGUUAACCAGCCGGAGGAGCAGAUAACCAGCCGGAGGAGCAGAUAACCAGCUAGAGGAGGAGUUAACCAGCCGGAGGAGGAGAUAACCAGCUAGAGGAGGAGAUAACCAGCCGGAGGAGCAGAUAACCAGCCGGAGGAGCAGAUAACCAGCUAGAGGAGGAGUUAACCAGCCGGAGGAGGAGAUAACCAGCUAGAGGAGGAGAUAACCAGCCGGAGGAGCAGAUAACCAGCUAGAGGAGCAGAUAACCAGCUAGAGGAGGAGAUAACCAGCCGGAGGAGCAGAUGGAGUGUGAGGAGCUGCACUUGUACCUCCUGCUGCUGCUGAUGGGAGCUCAGUGUGUUCUGGUGGGUCCCGCGGCCCCUGAGGAGGGCUGGCAGGUCUACAGCUCGGCGCAGGACUCGGAGGGACGCUGCGUCUGCACCGUCGUCGCUCCUCAGCAGUCCGCCUGUUCCCGAGACGCUCAGACCAAACAGCUGCGCCAGCUGCUGGAGAAGGUCCGGAACAUGAGUCAGUCCAUCGAGGUCCUGGACCAGCGCACACAGAGGGACAUGCAGUUUGUGGAGAAGAUGGAGGUCCAGCUCAAAGGUCUGGAGAACAAGUUCAAACAGGUGGAGGACGGACACGAGACCAACAUCGCCAGACAGUACAAGUCCAUCAAGGCCAAGAUGGAGGAGCUGCGCCCGCUGAUCCCGGUCCUGGAGGCCUACCGGGCCGACGCCCUGCUGGUGCGGCAGUUCCGGGAGGAGGCGGCCAACGUGACGGAGCUGCUGGGGAACCUGCAGGACCAGAUGGGGGGGCUGGACUACCAGGACCUCCACGGCCGGGUGCUGAGUCUGGAGGACCGGCUCCGGGCCUGCAUGCAGAGACUCGCUUGUGGGAAACUGACGGGAAUCUCUGAACCUGUCACCAUCAAGACUUCUGGGUCCAGGUUCGGGUCCUGGAUGACCGACCCUCUGGCUCCCCCUGGAGACAACCGGGUCUGGUACAUGGACGGUUACCAUAACAACCGCUUCGUCCGGGAGUACCAGUCCAUGUACGACUUCAUGACGUCGGACAACUUCACGUCGCACCGGCUGCCGCACCCCUGGUCCGGGACGGGCCAGGUGGUCUACAACGGCUCGCUGUACUUCAACAAGUUCCAGAGCCACACCAUCAUCCGCUUCGACCUGGCCUCGGCGCUCAUCAGCCGGUCCCGCCAGCUGGACUUCGCCGGCUUCAACAACAUGUACCACUACUCCUGGGGGGGCCACUCCGACAUCGACCUGAUGGUGGACGAGGGCGGGCUCUGGGCCGUCUACGCCACCAAUCAGAACGCGGGGAACAUCGUGCUGAGCCGGCUCAACCCCAACACCCUGCAGGUGGUCCGCAGCUGGACCACCAACCACCCCAAGCGCAGCGCCGGCGAGGCCUUCAUGAUCUGCGGGACGCUGUACGUCACCAACGGCUACUCGGGCGGGACCAAGGUGUACUACGCCUACAACACCAACUCCUCCACCUACGAGUACAUCGACAUCCCGCUCGCCAACAAGUACAGCCACCUGUCCAUGCUGGACUACAACCCACGGGACAGGGCGCUGUACGCCUGGAACAACGGCCACCAGGUCCUCUACAAUGUCACGCUGUACCACAUCAUCCAGUGAUACAACAUCAUGCUGUACCACAACGUCACGCUGUACCGCAACGUCACGCUGUACCACAUCAUCCAGUGAUACAGUGUCACACUGUACCACAUCAUCCAGUGAUACAGUGUCACGCUGUACCACAUCAUCCAGUGAUACAGUGUCACGCUGUACCACAUCAUCCAGUGAUACAGUGUCACGCUGUACCACAUCAUCCAGUGAUAUAACGUCACACUGUACCACAUCAUCCAGUGAUACAGUGUCACACUGUACCACAUCAUCCAGUGAUACAGUGUCACGCUGUACCACAUCAUCCAGUGAUACAGUGUCACGCUGUACCACAUCAUCCAGUGAUAUAACGUCACACUGUACCACAGCGUCACGCUGUACCAUGUCGCGCUGUACCAUGUCAUGCUGUACCACGUCACACUAUACCACAUCAUCCAGUGAUACGUCACGCUGUACCACGUCAUGCUGUACAACAACAUCCAGUGGCACAACGUCACACUGUUCCACAAUGUGACACUGUACCACAACGUCACGUUGUGCCACAUCAUCAUUCAGUGAUAAAACGUCACGCUGUACCACAACGUCACGCUGUACCACAAUGUCACACUGUACCACAACGUCACGCUGUACCACAACGUCACGCUGUACCACAAUGUCACGCUGUACCACAACGUCACUCUGUACCACAACACCCGGUGAGCGAGUGAAGGAGUGUAGAUGCUGGUUCUCUGACAGUGACAGCAGAACGCCGUCCAUUGUUCCAUCAGUCCGGUUCUCAGCCGUCACCGUUCAGACCCGGACCUGGUGCCGGUCCCAUCAGAACCUCGGUCCGGUUCUUCCUGUGCUUCCACCCCAGGACCCCAGUUCCACCUGCCUAGUGUGAACCGGUGGCAUGGGACGGGGUCCGGGACGGGGUCUUCAGGGGCGGUGGUCCGAGCGGCGGCGUCCGGCUGUAGCUCCUGAAACAUCACCGAGAAAAACAAGUGACGCGCCGGUGUCAGGGAACGAGGCUCAGGGUCAGUCGGCUCUGGAUCCAGGCCCCGUUUACACCACAACACUUUCAAGGCGUGAUGGGUGUUUGUUUCCAUGGCAACACUGCUCAGACCCGCUGAAAACACAACGUUUUGAAAAAUGGUUCCCAAAGUGGAGCGUUGUGAAAAAGCUCAGGAAACGACACGUUCUGGAGCGGGACCCCGUCUCCGUGGAGACGGUGGAAGCAGAGUCACCGUGACGACAGCGGGACUCGGCCGCCUGUCUUAAUGAUUGUUCAUGUUUCCAGUGUACCACCAAGUGAAGAAACAUGGAGCCUGUAUCGUUCCCAACGCGCCGCCACGGCAAUGGGAAGAGAUGUUCUCACUGGGAGCGUUGUCAUGGAAACGGAGCCUGACAUGGAUUCAGUUCAGAGAUUUACUGCUUCAAAACGGGGCGUUGCCAUGGAAACGCUCGUCAGCCCACAGGAUGAACUGAGCUUCUCAAGACAAGGUUAGACCAGCAGCACCUGAUGGACCAGAUUCAGACCUGGUUCAGACCUGGUUCAGAUGCGGUUCAGACCAGAUUCAGACCUGGUUCAGACCUGAUUCAGACCCGGUUCAGACUGGGUUCAGAGUUGGUUCAGACCCAGACUCUCUGACCUUGUCUCCACUGAAACGUUCCACCCAGAGCCGAACAGUCAGAGCUACGAUGGUGACCCUGGGGUCCACUGCUGUUGGUCCGGCUGUUGCUGGUCCGGCUGUUGCUGGUCCGGCUGUGGUCUCUGGACGGCUGGUUUUUGGUUUCGAGCCUGUUGACACAUCAGACCAUCAGAGUCCAGCUGAGGCCACAUGUUGCUCAGGAGGAGCUGUUGAUCAUGUGAUUGGCUGUUGAUCAAGUCGUCCUGUGAUUGGCUGUAUCUGCUACGGGCUGCAGUAACUGACCAAUCGCAGGCCUCUCCGGCCACAGAGCCAGGUUGAACUUAACUUAGAGAGACGAGACGUCUUCAACUCGUCAGACUCCAGACAUGCUUGUUGUAACACUUGUUGGACUGAAGAUGGCGCCCUGCCUGUCGUCGUGGCGACGGCUCCGGCUCCAGCGAGCCUCGACUGUUACCGUUAAAUGAAUGUUGCUUUUUCUUUCAACACAAAUGAAAUUUGUAUAAAACUUUUUGACACGAGUGCACUAAAGAGACGGACAGAGCGGAGACGCUGUCCAGGAGACGCUGUCCAGGAGACGAGUCCAGGAGACGUGUCCAGGAGACGUGUCCAGGAGACGCUGUCCAGGAGACGUGUCCAGGAGACAGUCUCCAGGCGGGACGUCUUCUUUGCAGCUCUGCUGUCCAUCUUUUCUUCUUUUCUGUAUGAAACAGCAAUAUGAACUCUGUCACACGUCUUCAGGCGGCGGCCGGGUUCUCUACAGGCGUUCCUCUGGGUUCUCCCGGGUUCUCCACGGGCGUUCCUCUGGGUUCUCCCGGGUUCUCCACAGGCGUUCCUCUGGGUUCUCCCGGGUUCUCCACGGGCGUUCCUCUGGGUUCUCCCGGGUUCUCCACAGGCGUUCCUCUGGGUUCUCCCGGGUUCUCCACGGGCGUUCCUCUGGGUUCUCCCGGGUUCUCCACAGGCGUUCCUCUGGGUUCUCCCGGGUUCUCCACGGGCGUUCCUCUGGGUUCUCCACGGGCGUUCCUCUGGGUUCUCCUGCAGCCCCGCGGCCCGGCGGCCGGUCGGAGCCGGCUGGUCAGAGUGCCGUGUCCCUCCGUGGUGAUCAGGUUCUUCUUCAAUACAAACAA